ACCGGAAGUUAUUAGAUGAUCUGUCUAAGUUGGAGAAAUGCAUUCGGCAUUGAAGACAGCAUUGCUUUUCUCUCUGUUUUUCUCAGUCAUUCGAGCAGAUGAUGCUACAGUUUGCACUAAAACUUAUGCAGACCUCGAGGAAGCUCUAUUGGACAGAGAAACAGACAACAAUAGACUCCUAAGAGAUGCAUUUUAUCCUCCUGGUGGUGAGUCAUUGGUUCACUUUCUCAAUGUUGUCUAUUGUGUUAGUGAGUCUAAAACAGAAUGUACUGACUCAUCUAUUAAUUACACCUACCAUUGGUCAGACAGUCGCCUACUUCUGGUAAUUGAACCAAACCUGGUUCGUGCUCUAACUCUGACUUCAGUUACGUUUCAUAUUGAUGAGGUUUUACUGAUCAUUAGUCCACCUUUUUGCUCCAAUGUUACUUUAAACAAUCGUCAACUAUUGAAGACAUUGACAACAUGGUUAAAGGAAUAUGCAACUGGAGACAGGUACAAUCCAGAAGCUAUAAGAGGUUAUGUAAAACACUAUGAACCAGGCUCUGAAUUUUCAACCAGCUAUUAUACCAAGAUUGAUUUCCCCAUUGGUGUCCUUAUACCAUCUGCUUUACUGACAAUAGUGAUUAAUGUGUUUCUGGUUUUAAGUUUUAGAGUCUGCUCAAAGAAAAUGGCAAAACGCAUUGAUAAAGCAUUAAAGAUAGCAGCUAAUACAGUUGCAUCUGGGAUCACUGCGGAAAAAGAAAAAAAUGAAACUGAACAGACUCCUUGUUUAGAAACUAUUGGUUCACCAUCUAACAGCAUAUUCUACAUCCUAGCCAUUGCAGUCCUGACAAUAUUGGAUAUGAGCAUGUUCCUGACAUCAACGAAAUACAACAUAAUGAACUGGCUUGCUUUUCUACCGGUACCCAUUACUGCUACACUGUGUCUAUUUAUCAGUGUUCUCAUCCCUUCAGUUAUAAAAUGCAUGACCUGUGCAGCUAUGAAUACUGACAAUCGUCAUCAUCUUGUCAAUCAAAUAGCAACUGUAUCGCUACUUACUGUGCUAAGCGUUUUUGUCAUUUUCCAUGGGUUUUGGAUUGCCGUUGUCUUUACAGUAUAUCCCACUCUCGUUCUCUCAAAGGCUCUUCCAUUGAUUCCUAUGUAUUUGCCACUACUUAUAAUAUACAGAAAGAUCCCGUACCAUUUAAAGAAAAUUCAUAAAUUUUGUCAAAAUAGAGGCAGUCAAGGAAACAAGAAGCACGACGGCUGGAUUAUGAUAGCAGGACUUUGCUAUGCAAUAUUUCUAUGCACUGUGACAUGGGUUCCUAUACUUGGUCUCAUUGAUUAUGUUUCUAAUGAAUUGAUUGUUGUUGCUGAACUUGGAGAGAGUCCUUUGCAGCUUAUUCUGAUUGUUGCAGUAGUGAGUCUCAUCACAUACCGGCUGGCUGCAGUUUUUGUUGAAGUCGACCAAAAAAAUGAUAAAGAACAGGAUAUCCAAUUUGAGCUGUCCAAUGAUGGAUUGCCACAGAAAAAUACAUCAAUAUCAUUAGAAGAAAUAAGCUCUAAAGCUAGAGAAAAUAUCUCUGAUAAAGAAAUUGUGUUGAUGCCAGUUGAAGAGAAUGAUGAUGAUACUGUACCAAUAGUUAAAUAGUUGAUCUAUUGUAAUUUUAUGCUCACAGUUAUUUUAGUCUAGUUUGUAGUACCCACCCACACACAUCAUGAUAUGCAGAUGCACGUAAAAUUUUAAUUUAGACAAAAUAGAUGUCCUAAUAUUUUCUUCAAUUUCCACUCCUGUCUGACUCAAUUCUCAGUUGGACUCUUUGUAGAUACAGUAGACACACCGGCUCAGAACGACAAAUGUCUUUGACAAGUGAGUGGUUUAAUUGUACUAACUAUUUAGUCUAUCAACCAGUGAAGAGGGAAGGUCAAUCUACUCCUGUACAGGUUGGAGACUACCUGUACAUGUGGGGUGGGCUCCGGCCUGGUCUCCCUAAUGUACACAAUAAUGAGAAGAAGAAGUCAAUGUGUUCUGUAGUCGAGGUAUGCCACAUACCAUCUGGUAGGUGGGAGAAAAAGGCUACCACUGGUAACCCUCCACUUGGCGUUUAUGGCUAUGCUGCCGCUGUCAUUAGAAACCAAAUUUUCUUUUAUGGAGGAAUGUGUAAUCACGAUGAUUGUCAUCAUAAUAGUUUAUACAGGUAUAAUUAUCAUAGUUUAAUAGUUGUUGUAAAUAUCAUGUAAAUAUGCUAUAGUUUUAAUGUUGAUGCCUUCAUUUGGAAGGAACUCUCUCCUACUACGUCUUGUCAUGGUCCCAUGAUGAAGCAUUCCAGUGGUAUGGCAACUCUAAAUCUUGAUGGCGAGGACUAUCUUGUAGUAAUUGGAGGGCGUGGACCUUCUUUUAAUAAUACCCCAACUCAAGCUGGUGCCCAGUACUGCGAAUCUUAUGGUUAUCAAUCUUGUAAUGAAGUACAUUUGUACAAAUUAAAAACAGGUGAAUGGACCUCACCAACUGUCACUGGAGCUAGACCACCUCCUAUUCAUUCCUUCACCCUGUUGUCAAUGAGUCAUAACACCAGUUUAUUAUUUGGCGGUGAUAUUGGCAAUUUUAAAUACAGCAAUGAUGUGUAUAUAAUUGAAUUUACUGAGGCUCUAGUGAAAUGUACAAAGUUUUCAUAUCCUGGAGGAUCAGUACAAUGGCCCAAGAGGAGAUAUGCUCAUUCAAGUGUAUUGAUAAACUGUAGCUCAGGACUGCACCUGUUAGUGGUUGGUGGAUUGGGUACCAGUGACUGUUGGAUACUGAAUAUAGAUAAAAUGAAAUGGGAAGAACUAUUUAAUAUACCAGAAAGUGUUGCUAAUAGGUGGCAUCAUUCUCUCUUAGUGUGGAGUGAAACAUCAUCUACUCACUGGAUAAUUGCGUUGGGAGGAUUUAGCAAUGCUGGUCAUUCAGCAAUCAAUGAUACAGUAUUUAUUGAAAUCACAUCAAGUAAUGGUGAAUUGAUAAUACAAUCAGUGCUGGGCAUUAAUGAAUAU